GCCACUCACUGUUUACACAAGUGGACCUGACACACAAGAGGGCUUUUCUCUGUCCUGAAAGGAUUUUCACAUUUUCAUAAAAAUGUGUUCAUUUAGACCCAUUUAACCAAAAGCAUCACCCAGAGGGGAUUUGAACUCGUAACCUCUUGAGCUGCAGUCAAAGGCUGUGACAGGUGACAGGAACAGUAUCACGGGAACAGUAUCUUCGUUCCCACGAAGAGCCGAAAGCGUUUUCUGUUAUAAAGUAUCUACUGUGAGCUCACGUCGCUGGUGGAUGUCAUGUAUUAUGUAACAGAUACUACUAUCCAACGCGAUGUCGCCGACAGGGGGGUGGUAGGUACGGAUGUGAACUUGUGACCACUGUUGUCAAACGAUCUGCCACUGAUAGGGCUUAUACAAAUCCUCUCACCUAACCCGUAUUGACAGCUUUAAUCUAUCUUUGAAAAAAAUAUUUAUUCGAAAAAAAGGUUCAAAUAUUUUAUUUUGAAAUGUUGAACAAAUAUUUCACAAAGAAAGUUUUAAAAAAGUUUUGAAAGGUUGAAAAAAUAUUUUCGAAAAAAGGUUAAAAAUUGAUGAGUACUUGAUAAGGACUCUACUAUACUCUACUGUACUCUGCUUUAAUCUACUAUUCUUUAGGUUUCUGUGUUCUCCUCCUCUCUGAUUGACAGCUGGAGAUGGAGCUGAAGGUGUGGGUGGAGGGCGUGGCCAGAGUGGUGGGUGGCCUAUCGCUGGACACUUCUUGCCAGGAAGUGGUCAUCGCUCUUGCUCAAGCCAUUGGUCAGAAAGGACGCUACGUGCUGCUUCAGAAGCUGCGGGGUUGUGAGAGGAGGCUGGUGGCGGAUGACUGUCCUCUGCGCUCCCUGGCCCAGGUGGGUACCCUGGCCAAGGAGGUCCAGUUCAUCCUGCGCAGGACUGGGCCCAGCCUGGGGGAUGAGUCCCCUGGCUGGGCUCCAUCACUUCUCCCCCUACACCCCGACCCUGAACCCCCCACACGCUGGGAGCCCAGGAAGGCUUUGAGCUUUCACCUCGGGCCCUCCACCAUCCCCAGACGGACUAGAGCCCAGACGGGGGCUCCCAGAGGUUCUCCUGAGCUGAGGGCUUCUACCCCCCCCCCCUCCCACGCUCCCUCCCCCUCCUCCCACGCUCCCUCCCCCCCCUCCCCUGCUCCCUCCCCCCACUCCCCUGCUCCCUCCCCCUCCUCCCACGCUCCUCCCUCCCCUCUCUCUAAGGAAGACAUCUUCAGUCAGGCGCUAAAGCAACAGGAGACACUACGAGACAUAGAGGCCCAGCUCAGAGGCCUGGAGAGGGAGGAGGAGACCUGGGAGAGGCCUCUAACUCCAGCCCCAGGCCUGGCUCGGGGCCUACAGGAGGAGAGGCUGAACCAGGCUGAGGUGAUCUUGGAAGAGCAGCUACAGGUGGAGAUGGAGAGAGAACAAGACUUGCUCCGGCGCCUGAAGCAUCUGUGCUCCUGUCUGGAAGACUGCAGCGGCCGAGUGCUGGAGCUCCAGGCCAGUGCGGAGGACCAGGGGAGAGACCUACAGCACGAGGCCCAGCGGCAGGGCUCCCGGCUGGGCAGGGCUCGUCCCACAGCCCCCCUGGACACCCUGAGGCUGGAGCUCCACCUGCGCCAGGUGCAGGGGGAGGAGCUGAAGGCCAUGAUGAUGGAGGCGGAGAGAGAGACGCAGGCGGUGGAGGAGCAGAUGCAGGAGAAGCGGCAGGAGAUGGAAGAGCUGAACAAGGACUUCAGACAGUGUAACCUCCAGCAGUUCAUCCAGCAGACAGGAAACUCACCUGCACUUGACCACACACACACACCUGACCACCCACACACACCCCUGCCGGACCACACACACCCCUCUCAACCUCUCCACACAUCCCCCCUCCCACCUGACCAGACACACCCUGCCCCCAUCUCCACGCCCCACCCAGGCCACGCCCCCAUACCCUAUCUGUGCAGCGCAGGCAUGCUGGAUGAGGAUCAGAGUGACUCUGUGAUCGUGUGCUAACAGGACAUACUCCCCCUGUGUGAUCACUGCUCCUCCAUGCACUGCUCACACACACCUCCACCACACACACCACUCCUCACACACACCUCCACCACACACACCACUCCUCACACACACCUCCACCACACACACCACUCCUCACACACACCUCCACCACACACACCACUCCUCACACACACCUCCACCACACACACCACUCCUCACACACACCUCCACCACACACACCACUCUCCCCCCCCCCCUUAAGUUUUACUAAACAUGAAAGGAUUUCUUCUGGCAUGGUUCUGUCACUUCCUGUCCAGGGCUGUGUGAAUGUUAAACUGCCCUGUCACUUCUUGUCCAGGGCUAUGUGAAGGGUAACCUGCUCUGUCACUUCCUGUCCAGGGCUGUGUGAAGGUUAAACUGCUCUGUCACUUCCUGUCCAGGGCUGUGUGAAGGGUAACCUGCUGUUUGUUUUGCAGCAAGCAGCUGUCUGAUGUGACUAUCAGGAUGUGUGUGUGUCUGUGCAUGUGUGUGUGUGCAUGUGUGAGUGAGCAUGUGAGUGUGUUUGAGCGUGAGUGUGUUUAUAAGUGUGUGAACGUGUGUGAGUGUCUAUGUGAAAGUGUGACAAUGAUAUAUGUUUUAUGAUACUUUGUAAAUACAUGCUAUACAUUUAAUAAAACUAAAUUAAUAUAUGCUA